CCCAGCAGUCAUUAAGGAGACAGUGACAUUUUGAACUUGGUAGCACUAAAUGGGUUACGUUAUUCAUACUCAGAUGCAUUAGCUACGAUAGCUAGUCUAUCUCCAAGUCGCAUCGCUCCGAAUCAAGCCGGAUAUUACACCGGUCGUACAACCUACCUACCUAGUACUCAUACUUGCCUACUUAUCACCUUGAGUAUCUUUUGUAUUCUAUUCAACUUUUAACAGAAACCCCUGAAGGACCCUCUUUACGCAGUUUCGAGAUAUAGCAAAAUUUGAAAUAUCACAUUUCAGUUAUACACAUCAUGUCUCUAAACCAAGAUGAAGCCGAGGCCCGUCUCAAGGCCCGGAAACCCAUCCCGAAGCCGAAACCGGCCUACCUGCCGGUAACCGGAUCUCCGCUCACAGUUGACAAAUCUCUAUACUCUACCAUCGCAUCAGCUCCCCGAAACCUGCUCGAGGAGUUCGUGAUCCCCAUCAGGUCAGGGAGGGCCUGGAAAGCACCCGCCGGGUCCAUUAUCCGCAUCAGCACUCCGGAGGGGCCUCAAGUCGGCGAUCUGAACAUCUGGAGUGCGCACAACCCGCGGGAGAGGUUCUGGGCAGCGCGCACGAAGCAACUCCACGCAUCCCACGUCUCCAUGUACGACAAGCUGUGGUCGUGUCUGCCGUACAUGCGCCCGCUCGUGACCAUUGUCGGCGACAGCCUCUCCUGGUACGGCGUCGAUGAGACCGGCGGCCGCGUCCACGACUUGCUCGGCACGAGGUGCGACGGAUACAUAUCCAGCGUGCUCUCCGGGACGGGCUACGACUUCCACUGCCACUCCAACCUCACUCGCGCGGUGCUGCCCUUUGGGCUCAACGAGAGCGAUGUACACGAUGUGAUUAAUAUAUUCCAGGUCACGGGUUUGGAUGAGCAGGGCCGGUACUUCAUGAACCCAUGUCCGGCGCAGAAGGGUGAUUAUAUCGAGUUCUUGGCUGAGCAAGAUGUGCUGAUGGCGUUGAGCACAUGUCCUGGUGGUGAUCUAUCCCUCUGGGGUUUUGGCGCCGACAGCGAGAAAGAAAUGAUCAAGUGCUGCCGCCCGUUAAAGGUGCAAGUAUACACGCUAGAGGACAAAGACCUGCUACAGAGAAGCGGGUGGAAGCCGGCCGAGCCGGCACCGUAUAGGGGUAUGCAUGGCAUGCAUGUACCCGAGGGAGAGCACGCUGCUUCGCACGCCUAGGUAGGUACCUAGGCUAGUGAGGGCAUAGUUAUUUUUAUUUUUCAACAGAUAAUUAUUGAUUGGGUAAUUGAUCGUGGGAUGCUAUAUGAUCCUAGGCUAUGAUGUAGGCUGGUUAC